AUGUCGUCGUUGCCGCCGCCGCUGCUGUCCGCCGGCGCCGGCCAGCCCUCGUCGCGCUCCGCCUCGUGCUUCGUCGCAAAGCCGGCGCGCGGGUUCCUGGUGCUCCGCAUCGACGGCUACUCCUGGACCAAGGCGCUCCCCGGCGGCGAGCGCAUCACCUCGGACGUCUUCACCGUCGGCGGCCGCCAGUGGUGCGUCGACUACUACCCCAACGGCGCCGACGCCUCCGCCGACGAGUCCGAUGCCAUAGCCCUCUACCUCCGCCUCGUCGGCUACCAGUACCAGCAGCAGAAGGAGCGCGUGCGGGCGCAGUACAAGUUCAGCCUGCUCGACCUCGCCGGCAACGCCGCGUACGAGCUCCCCGCCGAGACGGGCACCUUCACGCUCACCAGGCCCACGGCGUUGCUGCUGGGCCAAGACUACGGCUUCGCGGUCGCCCCGAUCAGCGGUGGCCAGGCGGCGGCGGCCGAGGACAUUGGGCGCGGCUACGCCGCGUUCAUCACGCGGGAGGAGCUGGAGCGGCGGCGCGACAGCCUGCUCAAGGAGGACUGCCUCGCCGUCCGCUGCGACGUCGGCGUCACGGAGGUGGCGCCGCUGUCCGUCGUGCCCAAGCCCUUGAUGCUGCCGCCGCCCAUCAUGCCCCGCCAUGAUUACGGGUACCACUACGGCGGGUACCCCGAGUUCAACGACGACGGCGCGCCCUCCGUCUGGGACGGAUCGCGGGAGCGCAAGCGCAGUCAUCAGGAGCCUCCGCCGGAUGACAAGGAGUACAUCCGCCGGUGCCUCGCCGCCAAACGGCGCGGCGACUGA